AUGAGCGGGGUGAUGAAGGUGAGGAGGGCGGUGAUGAAGCUCGCUACGCUGAAGGGGGUUGUGUUUGUUGGGUUGAUACAGAAUUUGAUUUUCAACAUCCUCCUUACCCAAGAAGUCAUCGUGCCGGAUGAGAUACUCACAUGCGGCGACUGGACGUACGGCAUCCCUUACGCCCUACUUUCAGCCGAAAUGGUCCUCUUCAGCGCCAUCAACUGGUACGCCUUCUCCUCAACCGAGUACUCCUCAACCGCCAGAAGGAGUGAACAACCUCUUCCUCUCUUCUCCGCCAUCAUCGACUCCAUGAACCCGAUCGAGCUCCUCCUUGGCGUCGUCCGCAUAUUCGCUCUGUGCGUCAGACCAAAGGCAUCGAGACUACCGCCUUUCGCACGGCGUGGAACGAACUACCAGAAUUUGGUGAGUGACUGGUCGGGGACGCCGCCGGGACCGUAUGCUUCGAGGGCGCCGGAGGGGGGAGCGAGGGAGCGGACGGAGUAUGAGCAUGAGAUGUACACGCCGGCGCCGGCGUAUUCUACUGACGAUGAAGUCCGUCUGAUUCCUGCGGCGAGGGAUGGGGAUCUGGCGUCUCCUCCUUCGAGACGGUAA